AUGGGUGACAUCAGAAAUGGUCACUCCAACGGUCAUGUCAAUGGCGACAGUAGUAUUGGAGAAGGCCACGUUAACGGCCAUGCCAAUCAUGGCAGUGGCAACCGUAUCAAUUGUCAUGCAUCCAGCAAUGGAGUUCCGAUCCCAGACGCCGAUGGCCCUAUCCCUGAGCCCAUCGCAAUUGUGGGCAUGUCAAUGAGACUCCCUGGAGGAAUUUGCACUGAGGAUGCUUUUUGGGAUCUGCUUAUCAACAAAAGGACUACCAGAGGACCCAUCCCACACUCAAGGUACAACUACGAGGGAUUCUACACUGACAGCGGCAAACCUGGAAGCACAUGUGUUCGUUACGGCCACUUUCUCGAUGACAGCGAUGCCAUUGAUGUACUAGACACGUCAUUUUUCAACGUCAGCAAAGCCGAGGUUGAGAAACUGGAUCCACAGCAACGUAUGCUGCUAGAGGUUGUAUGGGAAUGUGUGGAAAAUGCAGGCCAAAGCAACUGGAGAGGGAGUAACACAGGAGUCUUUGUUGGUGCUUGGGGCUAUGACUGGAUUGACUUCCUUGCGAAAGAUCCACAACAAGUUGGGGGUAUGCUCAAUACUCUCGGCUCGCAUGACUACACUAUCGCCAACCGAGUUUCUUAUGAGUAUGACCUACAAGGGCCGAGCAUGACCAUCAAAACUGCUUGCUCGUCCUCUUUAAUAUGUUUACAUCAGGCUGUUCAAUCACUCCGAAAUGCGGAGUGUGAUGCAGCAAUUGUUGCAGGGACCAACCUGAUUCUCACACCAACAACAACGAUGGAACAAACUGAGUCCGGUGUUCUAUCACCUACGGGCGAAUGCCGGACUUUCGAUGCGGCGGCUAAUGGUUAUGCGCGAGGCGAGGCGAUUAAUGCUCUUCUGAUCAAGAGGCUCAGCAAGGCGAGGGAAGACAAUGAUGUUAUCAGAGCUGUUAUACGCUCAACAGCGGUGAACAGCGACGGAAGAAGUGCAGGUCUUACCACCCCUAGCCCGAAGGCCCACAUCCGUUUAAUAAAAGGAGCAUAUCAAUCUGGGCGACUAAGCGACCCCUCAGAGACACCUUAUGUGGAAGUACAUGGGACUGGCACGAAAACUGGUGAUCCUCUUGAGCUUGAGGCUAUUUCAGAAGUCUUCGGCAGCACGAAUGAUACAUAUAUCGGCGGAGUCAAAGCCAACGUCGGCCACAGUGAGAGUGCUUCAGGGGUUACUAGUAUCAUCAAGGCUGUGUUAUCACUUGAAAAUCGCAUCAUUCCCCCGCAAGCAAACUUUUCAACACCAAAUCCCAAAAUACCAUUCAAGGAAGCACGAUUAGUGGUUCCUCUGGAGCCAACUCCAUGGCCAGAAGGCCGCCCGGAGAGAAUCAGCGUAAAUUCUUUUGGAAUCACUGGCGCCAACGCCCAUGCUGUGAUAGAAUCUGCUGCGUCCUAUGAGGGUGCGACUGGAGUCACGGGAAGCAACGGAAACGACGAGGGUAGUGAUUCUGAGCUUCUCCUCGUAUCAGCAACUAAUACCCAGUCGUUGAAGGAGCGAUGUGGUCAAAUUCAAGAUUAUGCCAACGAACACCCUCGGCUUUUAUCCGACCUGGCAUAUACACUUGCCAGCCGUCGAGACCACUUGUCACAUAGAGCGUAUUCUAUUCGCACGAGUCCCGAUUCAGCUGAGUUUAUCACUGCUGAUCGGUCAAGACAAGUUCCGAAGUUGAACUUUGUUUUCACUGGUCAGGGAGCUCAGUGGCCAGCUAUGGGCAAAGAACUCAUUGAGAGUUUCCCAACGUUUCGUGAAGACAUCAUCCAACUUGGCAAUGUACUGAAAACAUUGCGCGAUCCACCCUCUUGGAACUUGUUAGAGGAGCUAAUACGAGAUGAGAGCAAGAGCCGGGUCAAUAAAGCAGAGUUUUCUCAACCUCUUUGCACAGCCAUACAGGUUGCCCUUGUGAAUCUUCUGAGGCUGCUUGGCAUAGUCCCUUCUGGGGUUGUGGGCCACUCUAGCGGUGAGAUCGGGGCCGCAUAUGCAGCUGGCGCAUUAUCCCCUGAAGAAGCAAUAGCAGUUGCAUAUUAUAGAGGUCUGAUAACCACGCAAUCCACUCGCAAAGGGGCAAUGGCUGCGAUUGGGCUCAACCAACCAGAAGCAAGGCUUUAUCUUGAAAAUGGUGUUGUCAUAGCUUGCGAUAAUAGCCCUCAAGGCGUCACAAUGUCUGGCGACGAAGAUGCACUGGAUCGGAUAAUUGAGCACAUCAAUCUUGAUGAUCCAGAGGUCUUCACACGGCGUCUCAAAACUGAUGGAAUGGCAUAUCACUCGCAUCAUAUGGCUGAUAUUGGACCUAUCUAUGAGGAAUGUUUGAGACCUAUUGUCAAAGGCAGAGCUCCCGCCUCAGGAUUCUUCUCUACGGUUACUGGAAAGCUGACGGGAAGCUCCAUACUUGGUCCACAAUACUGGAGACAAAAUCUUGAGUCCCCUGUCCAGUUCUAUCCUGCAGUCAGAUCGAUGUUGGCAAAUGGGACGUCCGAUCAACUCUUUUUAGAAAUCGGACCCCACUCAGCACUUGCCGGACCGCUAAGGCAAAUUUUUAAAGCAUCCACAUCGAAGGCCCGCUUGAUCUAUACUGCGUCAUUAGUCAGGGGGAAGAAUGGCAGACAGUGCGUCCUCGACCUGUGUGGUCAAUUGUUCCUUCAAGGAUUACCGUUAACAUUCCAGGCUCUCACGACUGGAUCCAGUCUACUAACUGACCUUCCAAUUUAUCCAUGGAAUCAUGACACCUCCUAUUGGAGCGAGAACAGAGCUGUAAAAGAUUGGAGGCUGCGAAAGUUUCCGCGACAUGAGCUGCUGGGUUCGCGAAUUCUCGAGGGUAAUGACGUCGAACCAGUAUGGCGAAACUUGCUCCGCCUCAAAGACACUCUCUGGCUUGGAGGCCAUAAAGUCUACGGCGAUGUUGUCUUUCCAUUCGCCGGCUACAUUGCAAUGGUUGGAGAAGCAGUUCGACAGCUCACAGAGAUUGAUGCCUUCACAAUCCGCAACCUCAGUGUCAAAACUGCCAUGGUCGUUCAAGAAGGUUCUGUCGAGAUCAUGACAUCCCUGAGACGGGCAAAGCACUCUCUUGAAUCCGAAAAAGGCUGGUAUGAAUUCACGAUCGUCUCACAUAAUGGAAGCAUGUGGGCGGAGCAUUGUGACGGAGAAAUCAGAGCUGGAGAUUUUGAGUCGUCAGUGUAUGCACAGGAAAUACUGACCGCACCACUUCCCAGAAAGGUCCCAUCGCCAUAUGACCUUUUCCAUUCAGUAGGUUUGCAUUAUGAUGGUUCAUUCCGAGGACUAGUGGAUGUGUCAGCAAUGCCGGGCGAGAAAACGGCAAUAGGUUCUCUAAAGACGCCUGCUACCACGGAUUCACCUUAUUCACUCCAUCCUGCAACAAUGGAUCAAUGUCUUCAAUUGUUGGGCAUGGCGUCUAGUGAAGGUCUGUCAAGACACCUACAGCGGAUUCCCCUGCCAACAUUCGUGCAAAGGAUUUCUAUCCAGCCUUGCAAGUCGCGGGAGGUUCUGCGAGCAAAAGCAGUCGCAACCCAUAUCAGCGACCAGGGGGACAUUCAGGGUAAGAUGCUAGCCAUGCAAGGACCAACCGCCGUCCUAGUGGUGGAAGGCUGCCAUCUUUCUGCUUUUGCGGAAGAAGAAGAGGCUGUUUUGGAUGAUCCAGUCGCAGCGGCCCGUGCCAGCUGGAGACCACACAUUGACUUUGUUCCCUUGGAAACACUGAUGAUAUCAGAAGAAAAGGAUGUAAAUGAGGUUAAAAUCAUCGAAGAAUACGGCCUUCUUUGUUCCGCAGAAAUACUAGAGAGAAUCGAAACCACCAGAGACUCUAAUUGGCAUUUCACGAAAUUUCGAAAAUGGAUGAGCGAUGUUGUCACAGGAGGACGCUUGGGCGAAAACAAGAUUGUUUCCAAUAGCAAGGAAUUACUGGAACUGGACCGACAGGAACGCAUGGAGCUGAUUCAUGACCUGGAGGAGAAGCUGAGGACGUCACCGUUCAUUCAUGUUGCUGAACUUACUACUCGCCUUCUUGACAACUGUGUUGGGAUAUUUGACGGCACGACUGAGGUACUCGAAGUUUAUCGUAGAGACGAUACCCUCACCAAGCUCUAUGCUCUUACUGGAGCCCGGAUUGAUUCGUCCGAGUUUUUCGUCACCGCCGGUCAUAGCAACCCGACCCUCAGGGUGCUAGAAAUUGGUGCGGGUACGGGCGGGACGACGUUGAUCUCUCUGACCGCGCUUACGUCGAUCAAUAAGGAGCCGAUGUACUCAAGCUACACAUUCACUGAUAUAUCUUCUGGCUUCUUUGCAGCUGCAAAGGAGCGAUUCCGUGAGUUCCCGGGGCUAGAAUUCAAAAUCCUGGAUAUAGGUAGAGAUCCGGCCGACCAAGGCUUCGAGUUGGGGACAUAUGAUCUGGUUAUCGCCUCAAAUGUUAUCCACGCCACUGAGUACAUCGGCGCCACGCUCAAAAAUGUCCAUAAGCUUUUGAACCCUCGCGGCCGGUUCUUCCUUCAAGAAGUUAUACCAAGUUCUGUGAAAAUGAAAAAUCUCAUUAUGGGUCCCAUGCCUGGAUGGUGGUUAGGAGAAGCUGAUGGACGACUGAAUGAGCCAAUCAUCACUGUAGAGAGAUGGUCCAAGGAGCUUUCCGAAGCUGGGUUCUCCGGUAUUGAAUGUGCAGUUCUUGAUGACCCCAAGAAUGAUUCAGCUUUCGGAGCGAACAUGAUCGCAAAACCUGCAGUCAAUGCACAGGAGUAUAAAUCGGUCACUAUUUUGAUCAGACCGGACCAGGUCGACACCGAUAUCUUGAAACUGGUGCAACACGUCUUCGAGAAAAACGAGUACUAUGUGGAUAUUUGUCAUCUAGGGAACUCGAUCCCUCCGUCUCAAGACAUCAUCUCACUUGUUGACACUGACAAGCCUUUCUUCGACCAACUUACAGCUGAGAAUCUGGCAGCAUUCCAAAAAAUCGUGACUGAGCUGACUUCUGCUCGAAUGCUCUGGGUUAUGGGAUCCGCUCAGAUUAAGCCCAGUAACUCUCUCUUUGGUAUUGCACUCGGCAUAAUCCGUUGUAUCCGAGCAGAAAUGUCUAUCCCACUUGGUACUCUAGAGAUCGACCAGUUUGACACUGGCACAAGUAACACGAUCUUGACCGUAUUCGAGAAGUUUUUGGACACAACUCCUGCAAUAGGGAAUGCAGAUUACGAGUAUGUUAUUGAUGACAAUGUGGUGAAAGUUGGUCGAUACCACUGGACAACCGUGUCAAAGGAGCUUGAGGCAUCUCAGGACUUAGAUAACCUUCCUCUCAAGCUAGGAUUUGAGGGUUCCCGUGCAUCAAAACUUGUGAAGUGGACUCCACAGCCAUUGAUCACACUUCAACCUGAUGAGAUCGUUGUUCACCCGAUGUAUGUUGGAAUUGGUCCCAAGGUAAUCUUGUGUUGCACUGUUGUCCGUUUCUCAGCUAACAAAGUCCCACAGGAUUUCGUAACUCUGGAUGAAAACACGAUUCGCGAUUAUUGUGGUGAGGUGGUCGAGGUUGGCAGUGAUGCAAGUGGACUCAACAUUGGUGACCGCAUAAUUGGUUUGGGCUGCUGUGGAGUCCAAACAAGCUUUAAGACUCUUGCAACAAGUGUUACCAAGGUUCCGGACGAUUUAGAGAUUGAAGACGCCGCAUCGAUGCCGUUGGCCUAUGCCACUGCUUUCCACUGCCUACGAGACUUAGCUGGGUUGAAGAAGAACCAGACAGUCCUGAUCACAGAUGCAGAUUCAGCUGUGGGCCUUGCAGCUAUUCGCAUCUGCCAAAUGAUCGGAGCCGAUCUCUAUUGCUCUGUCCAUGGCUAUGAACAGGCAGACUUCCUCAACGAGUUUGGCGUACGUAAAGUAACGGUUAUGGCAACUCACAACUGGUCGGCUCUGAUUGAACUUGCAUUCGAGAAUAACAAGACAGGGUUCGAUGUGAUACUAAACGUGCUGUCCGAAAACCUCGGACAAUUAUGCAAAUGCGUCGCGCCCCGGGGAAAGCUCAUCAACCUUGGUUGUCCCACUGCUGAAAGCCUGGACAUGAAGGCCUUCGCGAACAACAAGACCCUUUAUAACGUUAACAUGGGCGAAAUGGACGAUGCGUACCCUCGACUCCUUCAAGAGAUCAUAUCGAUGGUCCAGCAGAAACAAAUUGUACCAAUCCGACCAAUUCGCGCCAUUGAAUUAGAGGAACUGGAUGCAGCGCUUCGCUCGUCCAACAAGCAGGAUUCGAUUGGGAAGCUGAUACUACGGCUACCAAAAGAGAGAACCUCUCUUCCCAUCCAGCCAGCCCCACCGACUCUCAAAUUCCGUGGAGACGCUGCCUACCUUAUUGCUGGAGGUCUUGGUGGCCUCGGCCGAGCCACGUCAAACUGCAUGGCUGAACAUGGCGCCCGACACUUCAUUUAUCUUUCUCGCUCGGCUGAAAGUAGCUCGCUGCACCAAUCUUUUUUCCGAGAGCUUGAAGCUCAGGGCUGCAGCUUCCAGGCUAUCUCUUGCGACAUCACCUCCUACGAAUCAGUGGGUAAAGCUCUUCAGCAGGCCACACUACCCAUCGCCGGGGUACUACAGAUGGCUAUGGUUAUACAGGAUCGACCUUUCCUCUCUAUGAGCCAUGAUGAUUGGGUAACAGCCAUUAAGCCCAAAGUGGACGGCACCUGGAAUCUACAUUCCGCUCUUCGCGAUGCCAAAAUAGACCUAGACUUCUUCGUCAUGUUUGGUUCAAGCUCUGGCGCCUUCGGUAUUCCUGGCCAAGGUAAUUACGCAGCAGGAAACAGCUUCCAAGAUGCAUUCGUUCAGUACCGCCACUCGCUUGGUCUUCCAGCUUCUGUCCUCGACAUUGGUGUUGUAUCGGAGGUUGGCUAUGUGAGCGAGAACAAAGACAUACUUGACUAUUUCCGCACGGCAGGGUUUCCUAUCCUGACCGAGGGGCAGGUCUUUGAAACUCUCCACCUGUCAAUUUUGCAGCAGUAUCCUCUUGGAGAGGACAAGCAGACAGCAGCUGCCUCAGCCAUCAAUCCAGGAUUCACUUCUCGGAGCCAACUCACCUUGGGCGUUAGAGCAACCAAGCCAAUGACAGAUGCGACAAACAGGGUGCUGUUCAAGCGAGAUCGGAAAGCGGAUAUCUAUCGUAACAUCCAAGCUGCAAGGAUGAACAGCUCGAUGGCGGGUGCUACUCGAGCUGGCAGUGGAGACGAGGUUGCAAGCCUUAUGGCUUCGCUACGUGAUGCCGCAGACGCAGAAUCUGUCCUUAUCCGUCCAGAGACUUUAAAGCUACUGAGGCGGGAGAUCGGUGCAUUCAUCUACGAGUCCAUGCUACAAUCAGUUGACGAGGAGGAAAUGGAAUUCGGCCGCAGCCUGAUGUCAUUGGGUGUGGACAGCCUGGUGACAAUCGAGGUGCGCAGCUGGAUCAGGCGGAAACUGGACGUCGAGGUCAGCACUUUGGAAAUGCUAAACGGAGGAACGAUCGAGAACCUAGGCGAACUAGUUUUGGAGAGAAUGAAGGGGAGAUAUGCUGAGAAAGCUAAGGCGUGA